AUGUUGGAACAAUUACCAAACAAUUUACAAGUAUAUUAUAAUCAAGAAAUAGAAGAUGUUCGAUAUAAUCCAGAUAUAAUAUCUGUAAAUUAUAACAGAAAUAUGAUUGUUAAAAGACUUAAUACUAUAAAACAAAUUUUUAAUUUGAUGUAUCAAGUAUUUUUAGAAGCUAAAAGUAUAUUAGAAGCUAAAGAAUUAUAUUUAACAUGGAAUCAAUAUAUUGAAAAUAAUUUUCAAGAUAAUGAGUUUCUUAAAUAUCAAACUAAUACAGCUCAUUAUUUAGCAAUUUUAUUUGCUGAAUGGAUUAAUGUAAAUGUACAACUAGGAACAAAUAUUGAUUUGUUAAAUGAUAUUUUAGAAUCUAUAGUUGUUUCAUUUAUACCAAAAACUGAUAUACAAUUAAAUAUUCCUGAAACUAAAACUCCAUUAUCACUAUUAUUUUCACCUUUUAAGAUUGAUCUUUAUUUAACACAAAUUUGUGAAGAACAGUUAGCAAAGAAAAAAGAUCUUACAAUUGAAAAUGUAUUAGUUAAUCCUUCAGAUUUAAUAUAUUACAAAUUUAAAGAAAAGAUUAUAUCUAUAGUAAAUUAUAGUAUUGUAAUACUAUGUGAUAAUAGAUGUACUUUUAAUAAUCAUGUAAUAACAAUGUGUCGAAGAUUUGCUAAAGAUGAGAAAAAAGUUUGUAUUCUUUCAAAAGGAACAAAUAAAAAUAUAAUUUAUAAUACUGCAAAUCUUUAUGCAAAUCUUGAAGAUGGAGGAACUGGCUAUUCAGUAUUUUUCACUAAUGGAUUUAUUAAAAUAGCAUAUACUUUAAAUUAUCAAAAUUAUUUAUCAAUGCAAAUGAUGACACAACAUCUUAAAACUGAACUUACUGAUGCAGUAAAAGAAUUUAUUAAAGCUAAAAAUAAAAAAAUAAAUCAAUCUAAUUUUCAAGAAUAUUUAUAUAUUGCAUUAUAUGGAUCAACAAAAACUCUUAUUAAUGAACAGAAAUUUAAAAAUAUUUUUAUUAAUAAAUUAUUUUUAAAUAAUGAAAAACAAGAAUCUAAUAAUAAUGAAAAUUUACUAAAUGAUUUAAAUAAUAAUGAACAACAAUUACCUAAUGAAGAAAAUCAAAAUAAAAAAAUAUCUAAAAAUCAAAAUUAA